AUGGCGGCAAACACGCCGAGGAAGGAAUGUGAGGAAAUUAGUCUUGAUGGAAUUCCUUCUGAUAGAUGCGCCAACUGUGCCAAAACUUUUGAGGGAACAAUGGGAAGACAUCGCAGGAAUUUUGGAACUGACACGGGCCUGUCAAGUGCAGGGUACAGUAUCAAACAGGCAGUGGAAAGUUUGGCCGACGUCUCUAUCAGCUCUUCAGUGUCAAAACAACAUGCCGCCUUCGUGUGUAAUGACUGCUUUUAUUCGGUCAAGUCUUUCGUCGCUGGCAGCAAGAAAACACGGGAGGCGAAGCAAAAGUUUCAAGAAGCGGGAAGUAGCGGUUUCCUCAGUCGGAGGUUCAAGAGAGGACGCAAUAUCUCUCGGGAGUCCACGCCAAAGAAACCGAGGAAAAAGUUGUUCUCGCCAUUAUCGCCACACCACACACCACAUGUGCAGAAGACAGCUCCAAAGGAACCUUCCACGAUCAGAGUGUCAGUAGGAGCCAAAAAUGACCGCAAACUUGGACCACACAUGUCGAACAUUGUAAGACCACUUCUCAAAUCAAACUUUUCAUCUGUUGCGAAUGCUGUGUGUUGUCACAAAAAAAUCAGACCAUUCAUUAUCCUCAACAUCCUGUCUGACAUAAACAGGGAGGCAAAAGAACUGUGUCAGCCAUCAAACCCGUCAAUCCUCCGGAGCUGUGACAGUACAUCACUCCCAAGCAUCAACACAUCUAGCAUAGGAGCAGAGUUACAGCAAAGAGCCCCACUGAUUACAAGAGUUUUGAAAGUGAUUGCAAAUCAGUCAAAUGAAACCAUCAAAACAAGAAUGUCCAAGUCCAGGAUCAACACUAAGAAGACAAGAACACACAGGAGAAAGGUGACAAUCAAGGCAAGGACAAAGAAGAGGUUGAAGCAGGAGGGAACACGGCGCCCUAUGAUGAUAACAGCUGCAGCCUGCCUGUUGUACGCCAGAAACAGGACAAUGUCUGCUUGGCAAGUUAUCCAAGGACUGGGACUUUUCAAAUGCCAUGCUUCCAAGGUUCUAUACCAACGAAUGAACACAUGCGGUCUAGCUGUCAGCCACAAAAAAAUACUACAGACAGUGGACAAAUUGUCAGUGCACUAUGACAAAGGAGUGCUGGGAUGGAAGAAGAUGUUGGAAAGCGUCGGCUCACACACGGAGAUUGAAGCAACAUCAGUCGAAGGCUCACACGUGGAGAGUGGAGGUGUACACACAGAGAUUGAAGCAACUACAGUCGAAGGCUCACACAUGGAGAGUGGAGGUGUCAGUUGUCCAGGUUACAGCAUAGUAUUCGACAAUAUUGACAUACAUCAAAAGGUCCGCCAUAAAACAUCCCAAAACAGCAACAAGGACCAUCAUUUUGUGAACGCAUAUGGAGUUCCAGACCGGGUGAAUGUCCAACACCUACCCAAUGACCAACCCAUGGCUGACAUACUCUCCGUCCCCCUCCAGGAGUUUCUCCCCAGUGAGGAAGACCACUCCUCACUUCGAGACGACAUGAUCACAAUUUCUUCGAGGAUAGUAGUGAAACACAUUCCAUUCUUCAACAAAUACUUCAAAGACUGUGUGCAACAACAUAUUCCACACAUGUAUUCUGAACAGGCCAAACAAAAGUCCCACAUCGUGCCAUUGGGAAUUCUGGAGAAAAAUGAAAGUAAACUGGAGGACAUGAUUGCCAUAAUGGAAGAAUAUCAGAAGUAUGUCCCGGAGGGACAGAAGAUUCCUUUGGAGGGGGAUGGCCUCUCAAACAUGCGCGGAGUUGAAGCACAGGAUGCCCGACGCGAUGGAGCUUCUGCAGCAGAUAGGCUGGAGGGACUUGAACUUGUCACAGCAGAGUGGCAUGCACAUGUGGCCGCUCUGCAAGACAUCUUCGACGAGUUUUAUGACCCCAGGUCUGCCCGUGAAAAGGGCACACUCUUCCAGCUGAGAAACAGGUUUGAUAGGAGGAGUGUAACGAAGUCGACGAAGGACUCCUUCAAUCCAAACCGGGAGUUCAUCCACUUCGUGUCGUCAGGGAUGCUGAUCAUGGCAGUGAUGGAAACCCUUGGCCUGACCAACGUCAAAGGCAGACCAUCAGAUGCACCCAGGGGCAUAGAAGCUAAUUCCCUGGACAGUAGAAGAUGCUACCUCAGGUCUGCAAUCGGAAAAGUGAUCGACCAACACAUCCUCCUCAGUUUCAACACAAGUGCUGUCGUAACGGAGGUUGAGACCAGGCAGAAUGCUGCAGUACCAGAGGGUAGAGUUCCGUGUGGUUUCCCUGGCUGCCCAAAACAUUAUGCAAGAGAUGGUGCCUGCCUGAGGAGACACAGGGAACGGUGCAUUUGGAGUAGAAUUAAUGUAUUUGGACAGGCAAACGAGGAAGAGAGAGAAGAAAGAGAGGAGGGCAACCUUCACCACAAGAAAGGACAGACAGAAAAGUCAUUGAAUACCAGUAGUAAGGAAGAUCACAAGUAUAACUAUAACUGCUCCGUUCUAAGGGAGGGGUUGUACGAAAUGGUUAAAAAAGACGCAGUAAACGAGGGUGACGGGAACAGAAUAUUCCGGAACUGGAAGUUCGACAUGAUCCAGUAUUACCAACACAAACACACACAUUACAAGGACUUGGCAUUUAGAUACAUUGCGCAACACAAGGCCCUACUCACACCCAGACUUUCAGCUUCAAUCUUGCACAAUAAAACCAUCAACACACAUGGGGUUCCUGGGAAGAACAUUCCUAAAGAUCUGUACAUGGAGUUCCUGAACAAAACAGCAAAGGAGGGACUUGCAAAACUGGGGCCAAACAUGACUUCGAAGACAGUAGCCAGAGAAGGACGAAGCCUAGGUGUAUUGCAGGAAGUGCUGGACACUUUUGACAAGGACUUAGUUGGAUACCGAGGGAUAGGGAAGCACACUGUUCCAGACGAUUCGGAAGAAAUCAACAUGCUGGUUGAAGACAUGCAAUCAGAAGACCCUUUCAAAGUCAUCCCAGGGCGGUUUCACCCAACCUUUCCGACUUGCCAGCAAUCUAGGCACCACAACAUUGACGCCCAGAAAAUGACAGCAUGGAUGAUAGCUCAGAAGGAGAAGCUUGGAAGACGACAGCAUCACCUUUGA